GCUUAGUAUCUUUUAAAAUCGACGAGUCAGUCGUGAAUGUGCUAGUGCUGUGUUAACAUCUAAUAUUUCUCUUAUCUCAUAUAUAUAACACAUUCUUUUCUCAAUCUACGUUAGAGAUUUAAAUAGCAAAAAAAGUCAACAGUUUUUGCAAUGCAGAACUCUCAACCAAUCAUCCUUCUGCUAAUGUCUUUCUUCAUUUGCAAUCGAUAUCUCUUUCAACCAAUCGAUGCCAUUGGUAAUCUUCGAAUAGCUUAUCAAUGGAAAGAGAUUGAUUAUGAUUGGCCGAACGACGACGUCAAGAACUUAUUUCCUGAUUAUAAUCGUGAGGAUAAUCUUCCUUUGGGUUUGGAUGUCGCUGAUAACAGGAUAUUUGUCACGGUACCAAGAUGGAGAAGAGGAGUUGCUGCUAGUUUAAAUUAUAUCAAUCUUAAUGAUACUCGAGAAUCACCACCGUUUAUACCAUACCCAAAUUGGGAAGCUCACGAACAUGGAAGUGGGAAUGGAAGUGGGCCAGAAUUGGUAUCACCCUUUCGAUUAAAGGUCGAUCGUUGUUCAAGACUUUGGGUUCUUGACACAGGAUUAAUUGAUAUUAUGGGAAAUCCAGAACAAAGGGUGCCACCCGCAUUAGUCAUUUAUGAUCUGAAAGAUGACAGAACCUUACGAAAAUACGUCAUACCUUCUGAUCAAAGGACGGCUGAUUCUUUCUUUGCCAAUAUCGCCGUCGAGGAUUAUAAUUGCGAGGAUACUUAUGCUUAUCUUGGUGACCUAGGUGCUCCAGGAUUAGUCGUUUAUUCUUGGAAACUUGAUAAGUCUUGGCUUGUUAAGCAUCACUUCUUUCAUCCCGAUCCUAAGGGUGGCAAUUUCAAUGUUUCUGGCGUAGCUUUUGUAUGGAACGAUGGAAUCUUUGGAAUGGCUCUUGCACCUACUCAGGAUGGAUACAGUACUCUUUAUUUUCAUCCAUUAUCCAGUACAAUGGAGUUUUCUGUUAGUACAAAACUUCUACGAGAUCCCGAACGUAUUAAUUCUCCUGAAAGCUUUCAUGAAUUUCAACCUCUUGGCUCACGUGGAUCGAAUGGUCAGAGCAGUGUCAGCUUUAUUGAUCCAAACACAGGCGUCAUGUUUUAUGCUUUAACGAACUUUAAUGCUAUUGCUUGUUGGAGACCUAGUAAUAAUUUUAGUCUACAAAAGCAGAAUUUCGUUUAUGUCGACAACGUCACUAUGAUAUUUCCCAACGAUUUAAAAGUAGAUCAUAAGGGCAACAUUUGGAUUUUGUCAGAUCGUUUACCAAUCUUCAUGUAUUCUCGCUUGGAUCCUGAUGAUUAUAAUUACAGAAUUUUGGUUGGAUCAACAGAAGAUCUCAUUCGUGAUACAGUUUGUUCGAAGGACUUUGGCAUCUCAUCGAAAUAUCCAAAUGAUUUCAUUCCUGAGAUGAAAAAGGAAAGAGAACAACAACAGAGUGGUGCUGGAGUCAGUGGUAUAUCUGAAACGUUCGGAUCAUUGAUCGUUACAAUGUUUUUUUUCCUUUUUCUUUCAUAAAAUCUUAAUCACAAUGUUCUUACGUGUUAUCAGUGAGACUAUUCGUCGUUAUCAGUAUUAGUGUUUUUUUAUUUCUUUUUUUUUUUCUUCUGGAUCAUAAUCCUUGUACAAAGUUCGUAAAGUUGAGUUAAUUUUAUUUGAAAUAAAUAUACAAUUGAUCUUCGUAUAAAGUAAUACUUAAACAUCGCGUUUUGGACAUAACGCUAUUUUCAAAUUUUUACUUUUCUAUUUUUUCACUUUAUAUAUCUUUCAAUAUACAUAUGUAUUGUCACUAACACAUGCACAAGUAUUAUCAUUAUUCUCAUGAUUUGUAUAUUAACUCGGACAAGAUGAAUUACUUAAAUUAGAUAAAAAUAUAUUCUUAUUUAUCACGUUAAUGUUGUUUAUAUAAUUAAAAAAAAAAAAAAAAGAAAAAAAGAACAUUUUAAAGAAAUUUGAAGAAGAAUUUAUAUCCAGCAGAGUUAAGAUAUAGAUCUUUUUUCUAUUAAAUCUAAUGUAAAUUCAUGUAAAUCUUGCGCAACGCGAUUUACAUUAUUAUUAUUAUACGAGAGUUACUUGUGCAUACAUUCGAGUUAAUGUACCUGCCUUAUUUUGCGACAUUUAAAAUUUCUUCCACAUUAUUUGCAAUAUAUAAACGCACACACACACACGCCUACGGAAUGUAAUAACAAUGGUAAUCUCGUAUUCUUUGUUACUAUGCUGAUACUCUGAUAACAUAUUUAAUAUUCAAUGAUAAAAAUCUCGUACGAAUGUCUUUCUAUGAUAUAUAACUAUUUUGGAAAGAUGUAUCACGCAUGUUGAUGAUAGGUAAUAAGAAGGCCGAUUGUGACAUGUUAUUUUUUAAAUACAAUUUCGGAUUAGCAUUGUGUUAUGUAGCAUUGAGUUAUCGGUAUAGUUUCUUAUAUAAGUAUACGUAGUUCCAAAUUCUUACAAUUUGCAAUAAAUUUUCUUAUACGUCAGUCAAAUCAGAUAAUACAUUUUUUUUUUCUCUUUACAAGUGGUUAAGGAACAACAAUAUUUUAUAAUUUAUACUUUACUAAAUAAUUCAUUUGUACGAAUGAACUUUUUAUAAUGAUUUUAUAAAUUUAACUUUACUAUUAUUUUUAUAAUAACAGUAUUAUUAUUAAAUUUUAUGAGAUGUAUAGAGAUGUAUUUAUCGCAGAGCGCACAAUAUUUAUUUAAUCUAUCACUUUUAAUGGCUGAUUAAAGGUCAUUAAGUUCAAAGAGCAGUUUGGAUGUAAUUUUUUUUUUACAAUGAAAAUGAUAUAUAAGCGAUUAA